AUGUGUGUGUGUGUGUGUGUGUGUGUGUGUGUGUGUGUGUGUGUGUGUGUGUGUGUGUGUGUGUGUAGUUUGGCACAAGGUUGGAGUUUGUCGAUUGUGGAACGAUAUUCGUAUCGUUGUGGUACCGUCACCUGCUGUGGAUUGUUUCUGACGGGGAACGUCGGCGUCGAAUCACUAUAUUGGGAGAAUAGCUGGAGAGGCCUCACGGAUUUUCAACCUACCCGGGUGGGUUUCUGUGUCGAGUAUCUUGGUAUUCGCAUCAAGUAUGGCUCGCGUGAGGAAUUAGAACUUCUUGUUGGGUCGGGCAACUUGGAAUAUGUUUCUUGCCGUUCAAUCGUACAACCUCGACAAAAAUUACAAAAAUCGGAGCCUAUGGAAAUUCCAAGCUGCGUGCGAAACUAUACCAAUGAGUAUAGAAUCCAGCAAAGAACCCCAGGUCCACAAAUAGCACAAGAAAAACAAAACAACGAGGCGGAUUCGUUUUCACAGAAUCCAAGGCCUGUUUUCACUGGGCCUGUCAUGACAAAAAAAAUAUGCGAGUGUGGAUUUGUGGCGCAAAGGCCUAGGCAUCUGCUUAGAUAUAAGAAAUACAAUUGUAUGGGGAGGAGGGCUAAUAAAGCAGACAUGCCAGCACAGAACGAAAGUGCGAGGCCAAGCGCAGAAGAUCAGAGGGUCGUCCCCAAUCUCAACAACGACGUUGUGGAAGAACUCAUCACUCUCGAGUUGGACAAGACAGAUGUGCAGGCGCUAAUCCGGGAACUUGGAGACAUUCCUACUUUUGAAUUUUUUUAA